UUUCCCGUUCACCCCAAGCCCCCAACCUGCGAGCUGCGACAAGUUCGUCUCUCUCGUGGCCACGACUGGCCGCCGCCCCCGCCUCCGUCCCCUCGCAGAUUCCCAGGUCUUCGCCGCUCCCUUCGCCGCCAAAGAGCACCCACUAGGCAUGCUUACCCCUUCUCUUCUCUUCCUGCUGUGCGAAACGAGAACCCAAACCCUAAUAUCAGCUAUUUGGAUAUUUGUAUUCGGAUCUGAUCUACUACUAGUGUAUACAUGUCUUGCGCCUACAAGUUUCGAUUUUUUUUGCAGAAGUUAUUGGGUGUACACUGUUUUUAGACAUGUCCUUUACUGGUUCCGCCCCUUUCUUGGCUUAAGCGCAAAAAUCAUACUGGAUUUUAGAUUUCUGUACUGUUUUUUAUUGGCUAAAUUCUACUGUAUGCUUAUUUGUUUUCUGCGGUUCACUUGCCCCUUUAGCUACAAUUUGCCUCAAAAUUAUGUUUCAGGUUAAAUCCGCCAGGGGGAAAUCUCCAUCAAGUGGCUCGUGCUAAUUAUGCGAUCUUCAUGGGCUGACUCAGUUGCGAACGCCGAGGAAUCGGCGCCCGCGACUGCUGCUGCUAAUGGCUCUGUUGCAACUCAUAGCACCUCGCGCCCUACGCGCAGCUCCUACGUGCCUCCACAUCUUCGUGGCCGCUCAGCUGGUGCUGCUGUUGAAGCUCAAGCAGGCUUAGUAGCACCAGCACAAGGUGGACCACUGCCAUUGGCUGCUGCACAACCUUCUGGUCAGGGUGCUGCUGUUGGUGGCCCUCGCUGGGCUGGCAUUGUGAAUGGUGGUGGUGGUGGUGGCAGCAUUGGUGCUCCUCGCCAGGGCCAUGGUGGCGGAGGCGGGGGCCGUGGUGCUUGGAACUCCCGUCCUGGUGGUUGGGACCGCAGAGACCGGGAGCCAGAUCCGUUUGCGAAAGCCGAGGCUGAAGAAAUUGAUUUCGACGGCCAGGAGAAUACUGGCAUCAAUUUUGAUGCCUAUGAAGACAUCCCUGUUGAGACCAGUGGCCAUGAUGUGCCUGCACCAGUCAACACAUUUGCAGAGAUUGAUUUGGGUGAUGCAUUGAAUGACAAUAUCCGGAGGUGCAAGUAUGUGAAACCAACACCAGUGCAGCGUUACGCCAUCCCAAUCUCCAUUGCUGGGCGGGAUCUCAUGGCCUGCGCACAGACUGGAUCCGGAAAAACCGCCGCAUUCUGUUUUCCAAUCAUCAGUGGGAUCUUGAAGUCACCAAAGCCACACCAGAGGUCACGGAGUACAAGGACCGCUUGCCCUCUAGCUCUGAUCUUAUCACCCACUCGUGAGCUUUCAGUCCAAAUCCAUGAAGAAGCAAGGAAGUUUGCAUACCAGACUGGUGUCAGAGUUGUGGUUGCAUAUGGUGGCGCACCAAUAACUAACCAGCUGAGGGAGUUAGAGAGAGGUGUGGAAAUCCUGGUGGCAACUCCUGGUCGCUUGAUGGAUCUGUUGGAGAGGGCUAGAGUCUCACUUCAAAUGAUAAAGUAUUUAGCUCUUGAUGAAGCUGAUCGGAUGCUUGAUAUGGGUUUUGAGCCACAGAUACGUAAAAUUGUUGAGGGCAUGGACAUGCCUCAACGUGGUGAGAGGCAGACAAUGUUGUUCAGUGCAACAUUCCCAAAAGAGAUACAGAGGAUGGCCGCAGAUUUCCUUGCUGAUUACAUCUUUCUUGCUGUUGGGAGAGUUGGUUCAAGCACCGAUUUGAUUGUUCAGAGGGUGGAGUUUGUCCUCGAUUCAGACAAACGAAGCUACCUCAUGGAUCUUCUGCAUGCACAAAAGGCUAAUGGCACACAUGGAAAGCACGCUCUUACAUUGGUCUUUGUGGAGACAAAGAGGGGGGCUGAUGCCCUGGAGGACUGGCUUUUUAGAAAUGGAUUUCCUGCAACUAGCAUUCAUGGAGACAGGACACAACAGGAAAGGGAGCAUGCCCUUAGGUCCUUCAAGAGCGGAGCAACUCCCAUCCUUGUGGCGACUGAUGUUGCUGCUCGUGGUCUUGACAUACCACAUGUUGCCCAUGUGAUUAAUUUUGACCUCCCUAAUGAUAUAGAUGACUAUGUUCAUCGGAUUGGAAGGACUGGACGUGCUGGGAAAUCUGGUCUUGCGACUGCAUUCUUCAACGAGAGCAACACUACGCUUGCAAGGCCGUUGAGUGAUCUCAUGAAAGAGGCCAACCAGGAGGUUCCUAAGUGGCUUGAGGGAUACGCUGCCCGAUCAGCCUACGGAGGUGGAGGUGGUAGAAACCGCAGACAAGGUAGCAGUGCCAGAUUUGGUGGCCGUGAUUUCCGGCGAGAUAGGGGCAGUGGUGGAGGAUAUGGUGGUGGUUCCUACGGAGGAGGUGGUGGUGGUGGAUAUGGGGGAUCAUCAGGAUACGGUGGUGCCUAUGGUGGCGGUGGCAGCGGCGGCGGCGGCUAUGGUGGUGGUCAGAGUACGAGUUCUUGGGACUGAACUGAACUCUGAUUAGAAGUGAAAAAUGGGCCAACCUUUUGGGCGUGAAAAAUGGGUCAACCGUUAUCGAUUAGUCCCUGUUGGAUGGAGCGAAUGCUUGAAAUUUGUUGCUUGACAUACGAUUAAUCUUGCGUUGUGUUGUGCUAAGGGAUUGGCUUAUGUUAUUAUCUGGAUUGGUGGUUUUUCUACGCCUCAUGCUUGUGCUGUCUCGUUUCACAAAAUAUCUUUUUUGCUUA